GCCAGCAUGACGCUAAUAAGAGGCUGAGUUCCUUUGAAAUUGCAUUAAGCUACCGUCGAACGAAGCAGGCUGACGAUGUGGUGGAUGUAUCUAGUGAUGCAUAUUGUAUAGCCUUUUACAAUUAAGUAUUUUCAGCUGCCUAUGUUUCUUUGUGUAUGUCAAAUCUCCAUCGCCCUCUUUUCUGUGGAAUUAGACCAUGGUUGAAAAUUCUCCCUCCCCCCUGCCAGAACGGGCUAUCUACGGUUUUGUUUUGUUCCUUGGCUCACAAUUUGGCUUUUUUUUGUAUUUGGUGUGGGCCUAUGUUCCAGAGGAAUGGCUUCAUUCAAUAGGGCUUACAUACUGGCCUCAAAAGUACUGGGCUAUUGGUGUGCCAGUUUAUCUACUGGCUGCAGUUGUAGUCUGUGUAGUGAUGUUGUUUGGUGUCAACAUGAUUAACACGGCUCCACUAUGCUCAGUGGACAACAUAACAGAUGUAUAUGCCAGAGGUCAGCGGAUGGUUGACUGCCAGAAGAGGGCCAUACCUAGAUUAAAGGAUGUCUCAAUCAGUGACGUUAACAGAAUGUUCUAUUCAUCACCUCAGUGACAAUGACAUGUCACCUUCCCAUUGGAAGGGUAAUACAGAAUAAGGAAGUAUGGCAGCAGUGAGGAUACUGACUUAAGGUGCAAUGUUUUCAGUAUGCACAGCAGAAAAAAAAAACAUUUUUAUGUAGUAUAUGUCCAACAUUACACCCUAUCAAACUCCUUUUAAUCAAGGAUGGAUUUAGUCCUGGGAUAACCGGGGCCUGAUUUAUGUUUUUUGUGUGCAAUGAAAUGUGCAAAAACUAUUUUCCCACUAAGUUUGGUAUUUCUGUACAUGCAAACUUCAGAACAUGUGUUCAGAAUCUAGUUGUUGAAUAAUUGUUCUGUAAGCAAACAUUAGUUAGGGUGAAACUGAGUAAACCAAUUGGGAUUGUAAUAUUGGCAAUAAAAACCUUUUUAAGAUG